GCCUGUCAAACCCUGUGACUUCUGACUGCAGCGACGAGACGGGAAUAACAGGGAUGCACAUGACUAAAAAGUAAUGUUUCCACACUGAGACAUCCACUCCUGUCAGGGUCUCGCGUGAAUCCAGCUUCACUUUCAGCCGUUGGACCAGGAGCACAAUGAAACCACCAUCACAGACUCCAGCAUGUCCUGUAAGCAGCUCAUUAUUCGAAGGCGUCUACAACAACGCCAGGAUGCUUCAUUUCCUCACUGCAGUGGUGGGCUCCACCUGUGACGUGAGAGUGAAGAACGGCACAGCUUACGAAGGAAUCUUCAAGACUUUGAGCUCACAGUGUGAGCUGGCUGUGGAUGCUGUUCAUAAACGAAGUGAAGGAGAUGGAGGAGGAGGCGGAGGAGGAGGCGAGGAAGGAGGAGGAGGAGAAGGAAGCCAGUCACCUCCGCCUAAGAUUGAAGACAUCACCGACACGAUGAUCUUCAGCCCCGCCGACCUGGUGACCAUGACGUGCCGUGAUGUCGACUUGAGCUUUGCAGUCAGAGAUGUUUUCACAGACUCGGCCAUCAGCUCAUCACGUGUGAACGGGGAACACCGGGAGAAGGUUCUGCAGAGAUGGGAGGGGAAUGGAAACGGUGAAAACUUUGAGCUGGAGGCAGACGCAUCAAACGGCUGGGACGCCAACGAGAUGUUCAAGUUUAACGAGGAGGCGUAUGGCGUCAAGUCAACGUACGACUCGAGCCUCUCCAUGUACACCAUGCCUUUAGAGAAAGGGAACUCUGAGGUGUUCAGACAGCGGGAAGCCCGGGCGGCCCGGUUAGCCAACGAGAUCGAGGGCAGCCUGCAGUACCGCCGGCGGGUUUCUCUGGAGAAUGACGAGGGCAGGAGCGAGGAGGACAAAUACAGCUCUGUUGUCAGGGAGCGGGAGGACCGGUCGAGCCCUGGAUUCUCCUCCAGCGGCAGAGAAGGUAAAUACAUUCCUCUCCCCCAGCGGGCUCGGGAGAUCGGCCUGUCUGGCAGCAGCGUGAGAACCGGGGGCUCCGGUCGCACCACCGCACCGGCCUCCUCCAGGCACCAGCCCCCCAGCUCGUCUUCCCCCAAACCUCCCUCUGAGACGAGCAGCCCGCUGUCCGUCAGGAACGCCUACUCUCCUCACCAAUCACAGAGCAGCCCUCCAGCGGCCAGCAGCCCUCCCUGCUCCAAUCACAUUCUGCCGCAUUCGCUGUCCCAUCCUCAGGCGCUGGCUGAGACGACACGCUCACCUGUCAACGGAGUCACGUCCAGAACGUCACCCAAAUCUCAGAGGCUGCAGAACUCCAGAGCUCUCCGGAACCCGAACUCCCAGUCCUCACCUGCAGUCACUCGUGCUCCAAAAUCAGACGCCCCUACCCAGGACCUCCACCUGGUCGGCCCUGCCUUCUUGGACUCCUCCCCUUCCACUGUGACCACGACAACCACCAACACCAAACCCUCUGGCCCCACCCCACUUUUCCCUAUCGAUGUGAAUGAAAUCCUCAGCACAGCAGCUAAAGAACGAACUGAAAGUCUCUCCAGUCCUCAGGAAGGCCUAACCAACAAAGCUCCCUCAUUCCAGCAGAGAUCCCAGCUGGACGAGCUGCGCAAGUUUGGGAAAGAGUUCAGGCUGCAGCCCAGCUCCUCUCCUUCAGUGAGCCCGGCCUCCGCAGAUGCUGCUCAGCAAGGCUCCUCCUCCCCUGCUGACUCCUCCUCUUCCUCCUCACCUGCACCACCCAAAACUCUCACCCCUCAAGACCUGCAGCAGAAAGCGAGCACGUCUCCUUCCGCCGCCGGCGCCACAGCUGCUGCCGGCUCUCAGUCCGCAGGGCCGGAGGGUCUGGACCCGGGGAUGACUCAGUUAGCUUUGGCCCCGAACAGGGAGGAGGCGGCCUCUCCGGCGAGCAGCGAGCGAUCGGAGGCGGAUUCUGUAGCUUCAGUGCAAGUGAAGAACUCCACUCUGAAUCCAAAUGCAAAAGAGUUUCUUCCCAUUAAAGGACCCUCUGGCCUGCAAAAGCCUGUGUUGGCCCCCACCCCUCCUCGACCGACUCAACCCAGCCCCUCCUUGGUCCUUCAACCUCAAGGACAGCCAGGAGGUGGCGCCAUCUACAGCAGCCCGCCUGCUCACUACCUGUCCUACGUGUCCCCGCUCCACAUCCAAGGACACUCCCUCCAGAGUCCUCAGAUGUAUCAGUACACCAUGUCCACCGUUAACCAGGGCAAAUACCCCAGACCCAAAGGACCCGUGGUGGGACAGCGUCCGGAGCAUCACGCCUCUCAGAACUCACCCAUGAUCUCAGCCGCGGCCUCAGCAGCAGGACCUCCUCUGGUGGCUUCACCUUACCCCCAGUCUUACCUGCAGUACGGUCAGGUGAUCCAUGCCAUGCCCCCACACUACCACGGACAGCCCGUUUACUCGAUGCUGCAGCAGGGUGCGAGGAUGCUGACAUCUGGAGCCCCUCCUCAGGCCAUGGGUCCCCCUGGCCCCCAGUACCCGGGCCAGGCAGAGGGCCAGCAGAGGCCACAGCAGCCCAUGUAUGCUCAGUCAUUCGCUCACCACACUGGCGCCAUGCAUCAUCCUCAACCCUCCACCACCCCCACUGGGAAUCAACCUCCACCCCAGCACGCAGCACCCAGUCCAGGACACUCUCAGUCAAAUCAGGGCGGUCCUCAGCCUCAGUCCAUGUUCCACUCUGGAGGGUUGUCUGCUCCCACCCCUCCUAACCUGCAGCCGGGACACAGCUCCCCACAGGCUUCAUACGCCAUGCAAGGAUACGGCCUGCCUACCCACCAGGCACUGCAGCAUGGCUUCCCCUCAAUCAGCCAGCUCACACAGGCUCACGUCCAAGGAGGCAUGUCAGGACCCCACCACUCUGCAGGUCACGGGCUGCCCCCCGUCAUGCUGCACUAUGUCCCGCCUCAGCAGGGCAACAGCUCUAACCCCCAGCAGGGAGCACCACAACACUUCUACAUCGGACACCCCCAAGCUGUUCAGGUUCAGGCUCACCCCUCCCAGCAGCUGUCCUUCCACCCGUCUGCAAACUGAAACCUCCUCGUCACAGCUGGAUCCAGGAUCGAGGAAGACGAGCGUUACUGUGUGACAAAAACCCUGAAAAAAAAAAAACACCCCGAACAUCUUGUAACAUUCCCACCUCCUGACAUAACACUAACACAUCCCUCUUAACACUUUUAACUUUCACACAGGAACAUCUCACACAGGACUGUCUUGGAUUUUAAAAUGUAAAUACUGACUGUUUUCACUCACACACAUGAAGACGGAUCGAAGACGAUAACUGACGACUGUGAGAACAGUUUUACCCCCUGUCCCCCCUCCGUCCUUUUACAAACCAGUUCAUUAAUAAUAAAACCAUUGAAAAAAA